GAAAAUUACUUCUGUAUAUGGCAUGUUCUAGAAGUUAAUUAAAGUAAGUGGGAGAUGAGAUUCCAGGAUUCUAUUUCUGUCUGUGUCUCUGAUUUAUGGUUUUGAAAAGACAUCAUACCUCCCUGCCUGUCAAUUCUCUCUACCAUUAAAUACAGUGAGAAGGACAAAGCCACUUCUCAAAGGUGUUGUGAUGUUUAAUUCAGCUUAUGGUUGUCCAGUGAAAGAUCCUAUCAUUAACCUUCUUUAUCUUCUUCAAGCGGUGAUCAUAAUUUUUACAAAGCAAAUGGACCCAGUUACUCAGCUCUAUACUAUGACUUCAUCCCUGGAGUACAAGACGACUAAGGCUGAUAUACAAGUGCCAUUCACUUGCUCGGUGACGUAUUAUGGACCAACUGGACAGAAAACAGUUCAUUCUGAACAAGCCGUCUUUGAUAUUUACUAUCCUACUGAGCAGGUGACAAUACAAGUGCUCCCACCAAAAACCGCCAUCAAAGAAGGGGACAACAUCACUCUGAAGUGCUUAGGAAAUGGCAACCCUCCUCCUGAGGAGUUUUUGUUUUACUUGCCGGGACAGCUCGAAGGAAUAAGAAGCUCAAAUACUUACACAUUGACAGAUGUCAGGCGCAACGCAACAGGAGACUACAAAUGCUCCCUGAUAGACAAAAAAAGCAUGAUUGCUUCAACAGCCAUCACAGUUCACUAUUUGGAUUUGUCCUUAAACCCAAGUGGGGAAGUGACCAAGCAGAUUGGUGACACCCUGCCUGUAUCAUGCACUAUAUCUGCCAGCAGGAAUGCAACCGUGGUGUGGAUCAAAGAUAACAUCAGGCUUCGGUCUAGCCCAUCAUUUUCUAGUCUUCAUUAUCAGGAUGCUGGAAACUAUGUCUGCGAAACUGCCCUGCAAGAGGUUGAAGGACUAAAGAAAAGAGAGUCAUUGACGCUCAUUGUAGAAGGAAAACCACAAAUAAAAAUGACAAAGAAAACGGAUCCCAGUGGAUUGUCUAAAACAAUAAUCUGCCAUGUGGAAGGUUUUCCGAAGCCAGCUAUCCAGUGGACAAUUACUGGCAGCGGAAGCGUCAUAAACCAAACAGAGGAAUCUCCUUAUAUCAAUGGCAGGUAUUAUAGUAAAAUUAUCAUUUCCCCUGAAGAAAAUGUUACGUUAACUUGCACAGCAGAAAACCAGCUGGAGAGAACAGUAAACUCCUUGAAUGUCUCUGCGAUAAGUAUUCCAGAACACGAUGAGGCAGACGAUAUAAGUGACGAAAACAGAGAAAAGGUGAACGACCAGGCCAAACUGAUUGUGGGAAUUGUCGUUGGUCUCCUCCUCGCCGCCCUCGUUGCUGGUGUCGUCUACUGGCUGUACAUGAAGAAGUCAAAGUGA